UGCGCGUGCGCAACACCUACCACGUGAUCGUGUCCGGAAACAGGGCGAGGCUUUUAUUGUCAACACAUAUCAUCACUGGGACCGACUACCAGCCCAGCUUUACAAUACACAUCCACGACCAGGAAACACAACAACAACCACAUGGGGCUGGCUGAGACAACUGCCGCCAUUAUAGCAGGAGCAGCAGGUGCUGUGGUCCUGGUUCCUGUGUCUCUGGGAGUCAUGGGCUUCACCUCAGCUGGAAUAGCUGCAGGCUCCAUGGCUGCAACCAUGAUGUCGUCUGCUGCAGUCGCAGGCGGAGGAGGAGUGGCCGCAGGAAGUCUGGUGGCUGUUCUGCAAUCAGCAGGUGCUGCUGGUCUGUCGUGGGCUGUCACUGGAGCUGUGGCCAGCACCGGAGCAGCAGUGGCAGGGCUGACGCGCCUCAUCAGCAGAUAAUCUUCGACUGAAAAGCAAGAUUGAAAAAGUCCCCUUAAAUAAAGGAGCUAAUCAAAAAUUCAUACAUUUGGAAUGUGGAAUAAAAAAACAUGACUUAAACUGUGGAAGACUCCUGUUUCAUUGGGUUUCUGUGUGUCCAGCAGGAAGGAAGUGAAUAAGUCAGUGAAUCACCCAGUGUGACUGAGCUAAAUCAACACAAGUUCCAAAUCAGUCAAUAUAUAGAUCAGAGACAGAUUGUUGUGUCUUAUAGUCAAAACAUACGCACAGCAUGAAAUAAAUGAAUCAGCAAACA